UAAUAAUGGCGAUGAACAUCGCAUUGAUCGCCUUGGAAAACGACCCGGAGGACCUUCAAAGUAAUUCGAUCAUAAUUGGAGGACUUACAAAAUCAUUCUCGAUUCUUCACCGAUCGAACCCCCCUUCUUGAUCAAUUUAAUUAAAACUCACUUCCAUGAUCGAUUUCCUACAAGAACUCCAUCAAAUUUCUGUAAAAUCUAACCAUCAUUUUCUCCGAUUCAUCCAAAACCCAUAAUCGAGAACCCUUUCUGACAUCAAAUGGAGUUCAACACCAUCAAAAUCAAUUCAACUUUCACUUCACCAUUUGAGAGCACUCCAAAGGGAGAUAAUGAAAACUCUUCAUUCAGAAAGCCACUCAGUUUAUGGCCAGGUAUGUAUCAUUCUCCUGUCACCGCUGCUCUAUGGGAAACUAGGUCAAAAAUCUUCGAAAGUCUUAUUGAUCCACCAAAAGAUGCACCUCCACAAAGCGAAUUGCUCACAAGAGUUCCGUCUCAAAGCAGGACUACGAUUCUGUAUAAUUUCUCAACUGAUUAUAUAUUGAGAGAACAGUAUAGGGAUCCAUGGAAUGAGGUUCGAAUUGGGAAAUUGCUUGAAGAUCUUGAUGCCCUAGCUGGAACCAUUUCAGUUAAGCAUUGCUCUGAUGAUGAUAGCAUAACAAGGCCCCUGUUGCUGGUUACUGCAUCUGUUGACAAAAUGGUUCUCAAGAGAACAAUUAGCGUUGAUGGUGAUCUCAAAAUGGCGGGUGCGGUUACAUGGGUUGGGCGAUCUUCCAUUGAGGUUCAACUUGAAGUCACCCAGUUGUCAAACGAUGGCGCUGACACUUCGGAAUCAAUAGCUCUAACGGCAAACUUUAUAUUUGUGGCCCGUGAUUCCAAAACUGGAAAAGCAGCUCCCGUGAAUCGACUCUCACCAGAAACGGAAACAGAGAAAUUGCUCUAUGAAGAGGCAGAUGCAAGAAACCGAAUGAAAAAAUUAAAAAGAGGAGAAAGCAAAGGGGUCGAGAAUGGAGAAAAAGAUCGACUUGAUUCGUUGUUGGCCGAAGGACGUAUUUUCUGUGACAUGCCCGCAUUGGCAAACCGAGACAGCAUUCUUCUUAGAGAUACCCGUCUUGAAAAUUCGUUGAUCUGCCAGCCCCAACAACGGAACAUCCACGGCCGCAUUUUUGGCGGGUUCUUGAUGCAUCGAGCGUUUGAGUUGGCUUUCUCGACCGCUUACACUUUUGCCGGAUUGAUGCCACACUUUCUUGAAGUCGAUCAUGUCGAUUUUCUAAGACCCGUGGAUGUUGGUGAUUUCCUACGUUUCAAGUCGUGUGUAUUGUAUACGGAAUUUGACAAUGCAGAGCAACCUCUAAUCAACGUUGAAGUCGUUGCUCAUGUUACAAGGCCCGAGCUAAGGUCUAGUGAGGUUUCAAACACGUUCUACUUCACGUUUACGGUCCGUUCAGAGGCGAAGGCCAACGACAACAACGGGUUUAAGAUACGUAAAGUGGUUCCAGCCACGGAAGAGGAAGCACGUAGGAUCCUCGAGCGUAUGGAUGCCGAUUCUCAGGUAAGUGCUUGAAUUUGGAAAGCCAUUGAUAUUAGAGAGUAGUGAGUUUCUGAGGUUAAAAGGUGUUUUUUUGAUCAAGUUUGUUGGUUCUGAUAGUUGCAGCAGAGGAAAUAAUGUAGCAACUAACAUCAGAUUAAAAGAUUCUUGAAUUCUAA